CUCGUUGGACAGAGGUGGACACAUACUACUGGAGCUGGUCUCCAACAUUGACUGGGAUUUGCUUUUGGCUGGGAAAGACCCUGCAGGCCAGGGGUGCAGUGGCCUUCGUGUGGGAUUCUACCUGCUGAGUUCAUAUUUUUAUAAUUCACUAUAUCCUGCUGCUGGCAGCGCAGGUUUAACCAGGGCAGGACUUCCUGUAAGCUUUAAACCAGAGGAACCGGAUUCACUCUGUGGACUCAGAGGUCAUCCCACUGACCAACUGUGAGGCCAUGUACCAGGCAGCUGUCUCCACGCGAGCAGACAACACCAUCCCCAGCAGGGUCAUGGAGGAUUCUGAGGUCUGUUCCCUGCCUGGGGGACUUGCCAGUGUGAGGAAACAAUUUCAGACUCAGGAAACAGCAACAUCACACAAUGUAACUCAGUUCCAUUUUCAUCAGAGAACUGUGCAGGAAAUGUCAAACUCAGAGGUGACAGUGUUGAGCAGCAGCAGGCAGGUCAUCCCAGGCAGUCAGCAGCUAAACUUCAACCAAGAAAUGAUGGUGUCAUACAGCGACAGUAACCUGGCAUCCAGUUAUGAAAACCAUCAAAAUGAAGCAGAAGAGGAGUUUCCCAGGUACACUACAAAAGAACUGAGGGAUCGCUUUGAAAGAACAAUAGAAGAGGCCGCUCCACAGAAACCAGUAAAGAUUGGACGUGACAUCAGUCGAUCUAAGUGGUCCUCAAAUGUGACACAAAACAACACAGUGACUAGUGAGAUCUAUGAGGCACCAACUAUUGAGGCAACAGAAGUCACAACAGCCGCAGAGAUGGAUUAUGAGGACUUUCCACCCCCACCGGCUGACGAUUCUGAUUAUCUUCCACCCCCGCCCCCCGACUUACUACAAAUACCAUUAGACAGUCAAAAUAUUCCAGUGAACCAUUACUCACCUGAGCCUCCGGAACCAGAAAACCUCUCCAAAUACCCAGUCAACAGAGAAGCUUACCUCAAGCAGAAGAGUAUGAAUGAGCUGAAACGUCUUUACAAGCACAUUCAUCCGGAGGUCCGCAGGAAUAUUGAGAAAGAGUACUGUAAUGACAACAAUGAAACUGAGAACAACCACUUAGAGAGCCAAGAGUACAUGUAUGAGGAUGAUGGUGGUAGUCCCGAUGAGUUCAACGAUGAACAAUACGUGGAAUGGGAAGAGAUUCUCCCUGGGGAGGUGCAGGCGAUGCGUUGGAUGUUUGAAAAUAAGCCGCUGGACACCAUCAAAGAUGAAACUCCUGAUGAGGAUGAUGACGACAAGAAAAUAAGUCAACAGGAAAUAAUUUUUGGAAAAGACGUGAGACGCACAGCUUGGAUGUUUGAGACCAAGCCGAUGGAUGAGCUCGGUUCACAAAACACCAACUCGACAGAAUACAAAAACAAAUUCAACAAAGGAGAUGUCCGUGCUGCAGCAUGGUUGUUUGAAACCCAAGCUAUGGACACUCUAAACAAAAUGCAUAAGGAGGAGGAUUUAACAAAAGAGAUUGUGUUCACAGAAGAGGAUGGAAAUGCUACAAUUUAUAUGAUUGACAAUAAAUACAUGGAAAUCCUUGGGCACACUGAGACAAUUGACGAGAGUCACCUGCUGAGUCUAAGGGCAGUGUUAGAGGAAAUUGAUGGAGAAGUGAAAACUGUAACAAGUACUUUUGACACUCAGUUUAAAUGCAUCAUUAUGGGACAAUCAAGCCAAAUGCUGGAGAUUAAGUCUGUGCGCAAAAUUGAAACUGAAUUGGAAAACUCCAUUGCUUCACGUUGGCUUUUCGAUACCCAACCCCUGGACAUGACAAACAGAGAACCUACAGCUUUGAAACUAGUGUGUAGUCUUUCCAUGGAGGACAGCAAUAAAGGAGACUGGGGCAGGUGGUUGUUUGAGAUAAAGACAUUAAAUUCUCUUGAUGAGUGGGAAAGCUCACAGAUGGAGAAGAAAGAGAUCAUCGGAGCGGAUGUUCGCAAGCACUGCUUAGUUUUUGAAACACAGCCAAUGGAUUCUCUGAAGGAUGACUCCAAUGCCAGACCUCAGUCUAUUGAAGAAAUUAUUGGAGGCAAUGUUAGAUCUGCGAGACACUUUUUCGAAAGCAGCCCUCAAACAGCCAGAAAGAAUUGCCCUGAGGUUGGAAAACUUAAAAAGGCAACAGUAAAUGAAGAAAUGAAAGGGGAUGUGAGACACCAAAAGUGGCGCUUUGAGAGUCAACCUCUAGAACACAUAAGAGAGGAGAAGAAAGAGGUUACAAGAACUGUUAAUAUUGACGACGACCUCACACAGGAGGAUGGCACAAGCUGCAGAGCAGAUGUUCGUAAGAAUUGCUGGGUAUUUGAGACACAGCCAAUGGAUACUUUAAAAGAUGAUUCAAAUACUCCCCAGUUGACAAAAGAGGAAAUUGUUUCAGGUAAUGUGAGAUCAGCCAGAAAUUAUUUUGAAACAAUUCCAACCGAGUUGAAAGAGCUUGCAGAGGUGGGCAAACUGAAAAAAACAGUAUCACUUAAUGAGGAAAAGGGUGAUGUAAGACAUCAGAAAUGGAGAUUUGAAAGCCAACCCCUGGAACAUAUUAGAGAGGAAAAGAAGGAAGUCAUUCGAACAAUAGACCUGGAAGAAAUUGAUAAAGUGGAUGUCUCAAACUAUAAGCAAAUCUUUGAGAGCACAGAUAUAAACAGGAGGGAUGAAUCUCAAAAGAUUCUGAUAGAGGGUGUAAAAUCUGGCUCUGUGAAAUCAAAUAAAAACCUGUUUGAGUCUACUCCACUUUAUGCCAUGCAAGACAGCUCAGGCCACUUCCAUGAGGUGAGAACAGUGCGACGUGAGGAGGUUGUAAAAGGAGACGUAACAACCUGCAAGUGGAUGUUUGAAACACGACCAAUAGACCAGUUUGAUGAAAGCAUGAAUGAAUACCAAAUCAUCAAGGGUAUUUCCAAACAAGAAAUAGAAUCUGGUGAUGUUAAAACCGCAAAGUGGUUGUUUGAAACACAGCCUCUUGAUGCUAUUAAGUACUUCAGCAAUAUUGAAGAUGAAGAAAAUGUAGAGACAAGUACAACUCAUGAUGUAAUGAAGGGUGAUGUGAAAACAUGUAAGUGGCUUUUUGAGACAAAGCCAAUGGAUGUUCUGUAUGAGAGAGCAGAGUUGAAGGGGGACAAUGAAUCUGAAGAAACCCAUAAGGGAGACGUCAAAACCUGCACAUGGCUCUUUGAGACACAAGCGCUUGAUGCUAUCCACGAUGAGACAGAGACCAUUCUGAAAACAUGCACAGUGAAUCAAGAGGACAUUAGAGGAAAGGAUGUAAGGAUGGCUUGUUUUCUCUUCGAGACUGAGAAACUGGAGAACCUCACAGGGGAGGAGACAGGUUCUUUCAAGUGUGUCACGGAGAUAGACAUUGCAUCUGGAGAUGUGUCAAGGAUGAAGUAUAUUUUUGAAAACCAAACAUCCGAUAUCAUGACGUCUACAUCUGAGGAAGUGAUGCAAGCGCUCAAGAGAGUUCAGACUGAGGAUAUUCAAAAAGGGAAUGUGGGGAACUGCAAAUGGCUCUUUGAAAACCAAUCCAUUGAUACGAUACAUGAUAGCCAAGAGGAAUCGUUGAGCAGCCGAACAGUGAACGAUGUACAAGGAGGAGAUGUAGAUAAGGGCCGUUUAAUUUUUGAGACAUGCUCCUUGGAUAAAAUCCACGAGGUCUCCUCAGAGACAGACACAGAGCUGAUGAAAAUGCAAAAAAUAAUUCGUGAUGAAGAUGAGAAGGGCGAUGUGAGAAAUUACACCAUGAUGUUUGAAACUCAGCCCCUCUAUGCAAUUCAGGACAAAGAGGGCUAUUACCACGAGGUCACCACUGUCACCAGUGAGGAGGUAACACGAGGAGAUGUAGUGGGAACCCGUUGGCUGUUUGAAACCAAGCCUCUUGAUGCCAUUAAGGACACAGAUGAGGUUUAUAUAAUCAAAUCUGUCACACAGCAGGAUGUGCAAAAAGGAGAUGUCACCUCUGCUAAGUGGAAAUUUGAGACACAACCUCUCGAUAGGAUUGCUGAAGAAAAGAAGGCUUUAAUUAAAACGGCUGACGAUAUUCAAGGAGGCAACGUUUGGAUGAAUAAACAUCGUUUUGAGUCUGAUGCCCUUUCACAGGAAUCUGUUCGAACGGUUAAUGUGAGUGAAAUACAAAAAGGUGAUGUUAGGACUGCGAAAUGGAGAUUUGAAACCCAGUCCAUCGAUAAAAUAAGAAGCAUGAGCUCUGAAAAUCUAAUUGAAACAGUUAAAAAGGAGGAGGUUGCAAAGGGAGAUGUUAAACAUUCAGUCUGGCUCUUUGAGGAAAAUCCUCUUGACCACAUUAAAGAGGUUGAUGAGGAUGAGGAUACAACCAUCACUCAAGAGGAGAUUCCCAAAGCGGAUGUAAAGACAACAACAUGGCUCUUUGAAACAACACCAUUUGACGACUUUAAUGAGACAAAAACGGAGAAGACUGAAAUCCUGGGCAAGAGUGUCAAGGGAACGCUUGAGGAGCUUUAUAGUCAGAAAAUGGUGAAGUCGAAGGGAGUACUCAUUGAAGCUGAUGAAAUUGGCGAUGUUAGGAUGGCAAAAUACCAGUUAAUGAAUAAGCAGGCUCCGGAGAUUCAACGAGAGGAAGUCAUCAGGGGAGAUCUGCAGACUAUUAUGAUGAACCUACUGAACAGACAGGAAAGAAAUGAGCGGCAGAUAGUUAUAGAUUCAGAGGAGAAGGGUAAUAUCACCUCAACAGUGCAGCAGCUAUUCAACCAAGAGAGAGACAGCAGUAUUGAAAGGGAGGAAAUAUUACAAGGUGAUAUUCAGGAAGCUAUAAACAAUCUUUUCAAUGGGGACGGUUCAGCGAAACAUGGAAUACUUAUCCAGGAGGAUGAAAAAGGAGACGUACGGAUGACACUAUAUUCCCUUCUCAACAAGCAGGAGAAUGUUAAUGUUGAAAAAGAAGACAUUGUAAGAGGGGACAUAAAGAGUGCUCUUCAAAGACUGUCCGGCUCAGAUAAGACCGAUCAGACAGUGAAGAUAAAGGUAGAUGACACUGAAAAAGGAAAUGUCAACUUUUACUCCACAUGCAUUGAAUCUGGGGCACUCGACUAUCUUAAACAGCUCCAUUUAGAACCUGAUGAGACUUCACCUGACACGGCAGAAAAAGAGAAGAUUGUUGGCGGUGACAUCAAGGGCACAAAACUUAUCCUCGGCCGUAAUCAAACGCAAAUUGAGCGAACAGUCGAGGAUGUUAUACCCGGUGACGUUCACAACACAGUUAAAGUUUUCAUGUCAGAGCCAAAUCUCUCAUUAGAGGGACUCCAAAAGGAGGAGAUAGUCAAAGGUGAUUUAAGAGCUGCUUUGAAUUCAUUGUCUGAAUCAGUGAAUCAGACAGUUGUUGUGGAGAAAGAGGAGGUAGUGAAAGGUAACAUACCGAAAGCGCUGCAGUGUCUCAAGAAGGCUCAGAAGCAGUACAAGGAGGUGGAGAAGCCAGAUAUCAUACCAGGAAAUAUCAAAGGGGCUCUGAGAUCUCUUGAGAAAUCUGCAACAUCCAAAGCUGACAUUGUUGUCGAGGAUUUAGUUGCUGGAGAUGUGAGGGCCACGCUAAAAUCUCUGGAGCUGGCAAAGCAAGCGGUGAGGGAAGUUGAAAAGGAGGAAAUAGUGAAGGGUGAUAUUCACACAGCAUUGCAAAACCUGCAAGAUGCCUCCAGUGAAAGGAGAAUGUGUCAGCAGGAAAUAGAUGUGCAGGGAGACGUCAGAGGAACAAUUCAGCUCUUCAUGGAGCCUCCACCGUCACCGAGGAUGCAAAGGAGCCCAAGCCUUGAGGGUGACGUAAAGGGUGAUAUCAAGAUGUCAAUUAAAUCAUUAUAUGAGACACAGGAGCAAACCCAGCUGGAGAAAGAAGAAGUGAUAAAGGGUGAUGUUAAAGGCACUAUUAAAUCGCUGUUGAAGACAGCACAGCGUGAAACGCCCAAAGUCAGGCAGGGAGCAUACAGAAGAGUUCGAGUCAAGCAGAGCCCUCCAGUUAAAAACCUGAAUCUUGAUGCACAGAGGAACAUACAAAAGAUAAAAACAGCUAAUUUAGUUGAAACAUCAAAAGAAAAUCAUUCCCUCUGUAAUGAAACUGAAACUGUUGCAGCAAAGUCAUGUACUGUGGAGCAGUCUGUUCAGCAAUCAACAACUGUGGUGGAACAUAAAACUAUUACCCAAAACCACGGCAUCAAAACAGUAAAGACAGAGUUUCGUAAUCUCAAGUCCAAACCAAAGGGAAUGAUAAAACAUGAUAAAACCAAAGUGAAAACUGAUGUUUAUGUCUUAAAACCACAAGUGCCCGAGCCUGAUUUGCCUCUCCCACCUCCACCUCCACCAGUGGAAGACACUGACCUUCCUCCUCCUCCUCCCACUCCACCUCCUCCUCCUCCUCCUCCUCCCUCUGUUGAUUCUGACAUUGAUCACCUUCCUCCUCCACCACCACCACUCACCAGUGAGCAGGACUUCCUCCCACCUCCUCCAUCUCAACAAGAACUGGAGAGUAUGCCAGCACAGGCAAUUCAUCCUUCACCAGCAAAAGCGAAAAAGAUGACAGUUAAAAAAGUGAAAGCUCCGGCAUUACACCCAGUCCCGAAGCUGGAGCAUAAAGUUGACUUCAGUAAAACACAAAAGGUGGAGGUAACAUCAGAGAGAGUGGUAGAAAUGAGCCAGAACCAAUCGAAAACAACAACACAUACAUCAAAGACUGUUUCAUGUGAAAUCCCUCCACUGCCUGAGUCUCCACCACCAUUAAGGAAAGUUUACAUCUCUCCUGUGAAAUUCACCCCUCCAUCUUCUCCUCCUCCCUUCAUGAGAGGUAAAAUGAGCAAAUUUAACACCGCUUUGAUAAAGGCGGAAGAAAGCUAUCGGAAGCUGAAGGAGGAAAACACACCCCCCACCACUCCAACUCCCAAUUACAUACAUGACUCAGUUACUGCGGCUUUUGAAAUGCUUUCCACCAAAGACAUAGAGCAGUCAAAUAACAAUACAUCAGAAAUCCCAGAGCAGGGAAGUGAAAAGAAUCUUCAUUCAGACUUACUACCUUGUGAUUUAUCCAAGCAUGUUGUUAAUACCACUCAUGGCAAUAACUGCGUCAGUCAUGAGAAAAUACUCACCGAUUCUAUGAUUAUAUCUGAUGCUCAACAGCAAAUUGUCUCUAAUGAGACUUCUAAGGUUGUCUCCAUUCAAAAGACUUCAUCUGUCUCAGCUGUUCGACAGAUGCAGACAACGACAGAGAAAACAGUUUCUGUUUCCUCCCAACAGUCUGCUGCGUCUGUCAUUGCUGACAAAGUCCAGACCCUAAACACUGAUGUUGCAAAAGCAGAAAACAUGACUGCUGAUAUAAAGAAAAACGCUAAAAAUCAGAAAACAAAGGGCUCCAACAAAUCUGAAGAUAAAAAGAAAGACGAAAUGCAUUCUGAUAAAAUCCCUGUUCAAGUAGUGAAACCUGAAUCUGCUGUCACAACUGAGGAGAAUGUAAAAUCAAGCAAAUCACAAUCUGAGAACAGGAAGACAAAGGAUAAUACAACACCCGAAUUAACCAGAAAAAAAGAAAAUGUGACUUCAGACAAAGAUGUAAAGGAGUCCAAAUCACCACAGCGUGAUAACAAAAAGAAAAAUGAUCAUUCUCCUGCCAAGAGCCAAGAGAAGGUUUCUGAUAAGCCAAUGCAAAUAGAAAAGGAAGCUGCCAAUACAAAUGGAAAAACAGGCAAAUCGAACCAAAGGGUGAAAAAGAAUAAACAGGAAAAGCAAGCAGAGGUAAAAAUGUCCAGUGAGAAUGAGAAACAGAGUGUUUCAAAAGAUCUGAAGGUGGAAGUGAUGGAAGCUACUGAAGUGAAAGUGAUCAGUGAACCUAAAGAAGUAAAGACAGAGUUAAAACAGGGGAUUAAGAAAGUUACUCCCUCUCCUGCUACUGCCUCAGCGCCUGCUGUUACUGAGAUCAUAACUGACAGCCAAGUAGAAACUCCAACUCCCACAAAGAAGAAAAAGAAGUCCAAAAAGUCUAAAGGGGGUGCACAGCCAGGUCAAGCUAAAGGUACUUCCACAGAAUCAAAGGCAGAAGCUACAGAAACCAAGACAGUAACGUCUGAGAAAUCCCAUCAAACUCAGGAAACAAUUGCAGUUUCUCAAAUUCACAAAAGUAUAAAAGAAGAGUACGUUCAAGUCAAGAGAGAGGUCAUUACCACUGAAGGCAAAGACCAUCAGAAUUCCCAGCAACAAAGAGGAGUUCAAAAGCAUGUGAAGGCAUCUCACAAGAAGAAAGGAAUGGCAGCUAUUCAGCAGAGCACAGAGGAACCAACAGAAGAAAGUAGGGAUGUUCCAAUUACAGUGACAGGCGAGUCAGAACAAAAUCAGCUGGUCAAGUCCACAACAGGGAGAACAGAGGACUCUCAGAGCCAAGAGGUCCAAGUGUUAAUCUCUAACAUCACAGAGACACAAAGAGUUUCAGAAAAAAAUGAUUCUAAGUCUUUGAAGACUCUGCUCAAUACAAUCCCUGAGUGGCUCAUAAGUCCAGAGAGAAAAUGUGAACUGGAGGGAUCUGUAGUGGAAAGCAAUGCACAUAAAAAUGAAGAAAUUCUCUCAUGUGUGAGCGAACUCGCAGAGGCUAAACUAAUGCAUAUAGAAAAUAAUGAGACUGUGGAGAAGCAUGAAUGUGAGGCAGUUUCUGAGAAAGGCAUCUCUGGUGGGGCAACACCAAGAAUAUCCAAGAUCAGUAUUGGUUCUGCCAGAGUUGAGAACCAAAUAAAGAAAAAGAUCUCUCAGGAAAGAAGGAAGGAUGAAGUGAGUCAGUGCAAGUCUGUUGACCUUCGUGCUCCCUCGCCAUCACUGAGGAUGCGUUCGCCAUCGCCGACAUUUAUCACCAUCGAGUCCACACGAAGAACUGACUCACCCCAGAGGGUAACUCCAUCACCUACCCUGCUGCACAGGCCGCCCACCCCUCCCACGCCACCGCCGCGCAGGUGUGACACCCCGACAUCACGCCUCACUAGAAUCACACCUUCUCCGACUUUUGACCGAGCAGAAAAUUUGGCACGACUGAAAGACACGACAGCCAAGCUCUCACGUGGCGUCACCCCACCGCCCCUUCUUCCUCCCCAGCAGAUCUCAGAAAAGAAAUCAGGGAUUGUGGAAUCGCCUGCAUCAUUUCAUCGGCAAAUCAAAAUCACAUCCCAAGUUGUGGAGGCUUCAGAGACGUCACUUGCAACAGAAAAAGACAAAAACUGUUCAUCUGAGGAGGCCCAGCAGACACAUGUAGGAGAAGAUCAAGCUAAUAUUUCUGAAAGUUUGAAUGCAAAUGAAAUACAAAGGAAGUCUGAGACCCACACGCCAUUGUGUCAGAAUGACCCAGAUAUUGUUGACGCUUCAGAUGUUUCAGAGCAAUCAUCUGCAUCUGUCAAGAAAAAGAGAGAAUUUUUUGAAGAGGCACAAAAGGCUGAAAUUAAUAAGACCUAUGUGCGAAAGGAGCCCAUUGCUAUCCCUGAACGACUGGGCCCAGACAUGGAGGAGUGUGAGGAAGAAAAUAAGAACAAAGAAAAGAAUGAGGUUCCCAGGGCAGACUUGUCUAGUCUUGUAAACAAAUUUGAAUCACCAGAAGAGAAAAUAUAUAUCAGAAAAGAGCUUAUCCCACUUACAGAGUGGCUUCAUGAUGACGCUGAAAGCACAGAUUGUGACAAAGAGAAAGUAGACAUCAGGGAGCAGGGAAUGCCAACUUUUGACAUCCAGGCUAUUAAAAAUGUUUUUGAACUGGGUGAGCAAAGUUCCUUAUUCAGAGAGGAGAAAAAGGAUCAGGAGGAGCCUGUGUCAAGCCUGAGUGAAACAACAGCAGACACUUCAAAGCGGGAAAGUCCUCAAGAGACAAAGGGAGGCUCACGGCAGAGCACCCCCCUCCCUUUGCAGAAAAAUGAGCUAGAAACUGUGCCAGCAGAACCAGCAGCCUUCUCUGAAACCAAAUCAAUCACAGAACAUUUCUCAAAUGUUGAUGAGUUUGGUAACAAGGUCACUGGAACAAGGACAGCUGUCACUGAGCACUCUGAGAGUGUGUCAACCAAGCAGGCUCCUUUUUCCUAUGCUGAUGCAGUCAAAAGAAAAGCUGCAGAAGUGAAGCGAGCAGAAACAUAUGAUGAAGAUUCUACCGAGAAGCUGCUGAGGAAUUUCCACAAAACGUGGACAGAGAGUGAGACAGUUUUCAAAAGUCUUGGCUACACCAUUUCUGAAGAGACGACAUCACAAGUUGUGUCGCAUCAGACGAAGAUUGUCUCAUCUGGUGCGAGUUCCGAAGUCGGAGCUCUGCACAGUAUGUCGGAGGAGGGCUUAUCCGAUGGAUGCUCUGAUAGUGGACAAAAAAAAGUACCAUAAAUCCUGUUUCUGCUGUGAGCACUGCAGAAAUAAAUUAAGCCUAGGAAGUUACGUCUCUCUCCAUGGACACUUCUACUGUCUACACCAUUAUAAACAACUUCUCAAGUCCAAAGGGAACUAUGAUAAUGGACUUGGGCAGAAACCUCCCUCAGGAAGUGGCGGACCUUUCCCCUCAGAUGAGAAACUUGAAUGGAGAUAUUCCAUGAGCAGCAUAAGUUCAGUAGACAAAACACACAGCGGUGAAAACGAAAUGACAAAAACACUUGAUGAAAGCAAACCACACUGUAACAAAAUAUCUGUAGUUUGGCCCCCACAGGCCGAUCCCCCAAAGAAAGCCUUUAAAAUAGAAGAAGACAUUCAGCUAACUAAACCGCAGUGGCCCCCUCCAGACAAUUCCCCCAAGUCACCCAAGCACCAACACAGAAAGGCAGUCCCCAGAAGUGUCCUUUGAAAUCAAUUCACUCAAAUACACAGUUUAGUCAAAUAAAUCCAAAGGAGAGGCACACAAGAAUGAAUGGUGGAAUAAAAUACUACCAAUGAGCUGUCCUGUAGGUACAUUUAAGGAAGUGUUUGGUUGAAAGUCAUGCGGAUAAGUGAUUCAAAAGCGAACAUGACACGUGAGGAUAUGACCGGAAACUGUAUAUAAUUGUAAAUGGUGUGGAAAAGCAGGUUGCGUUAGUAAGUAGGUAAGAGUAAGUAAGUAGAGAGAUUUAGAUAGAUGUGGACAAAGUGUGGAAAGUGGAUUUAGACAUGAAGUGGUGUGCCUUGAACUGACAGGUUUAUCCCAUGGUUACAUUUUCUUUCACUUCAUUUUAUAUAUUUACUUCCAUUUAGUAUUUGACACAAAGAUUGGAUCACAUUUGACAAAAUUUAGCAAGUUAAAGGGACGUGGCUUUACAUCAUGAUUAAAAAAAGUAUGAUUUGGAUUGAUAUUAAAUCUUAAUCUACAGUUUAUUCUACAAAUCCCACUGCUGUUGAAACAUAAAGGCGUAGUAAUAGUAUAGCAUAGUCUAUAUCUUCAAAUGUAAUUUGGCCGAGUUUCUUUUUCACCCCUUUUCUUUUAUUCUAACAUUAAUUGGUUUAUUGUACUAUUCAGUCAGUUUUUUUGUUACUGCAUGCCGGUGCUGUUCUGCUGUUGUAUCAUUUUGUCAGGACUUUUAUCAACUUAACAUAUCAACAUUUUUGCAUUUGUUUUUUUUUUUUUUUUUUAGCACCUGGUGUGCAGACUACUAAAAGCAUCUUGGAAUGAUUUUAUUUAUAAUAUUGAAAGUAUAUAAUAUAAACACGUGAAUUGGUGAUAAUGUUUGUUUUGGACAUUUGUAUCCUAUUUUGAACAACAACUAUUUUGCAAUGAAGAAUUUUAUUUUUUAGAUUAGACAGUUAUACCUUGCUUUGUACAAGAAAAUUCCUGAUUCUGUCAUGCUGUCAGGCUGGUUCACUUACUUUACUGCUCAUCUAAGAGCAAUAAAAUGUUGAAUUUCA